GCCAGGGGAAGGUGUGCGCCUAAGGACCUGUUGGAAAUGACGGGGGGAAGAAAUCGGACUUGUGCACAAAAAUCAAAACAAAUCCUAGAGGAUUAGAGCCAUUGACAACCUACGAAUAAAGGCCAUUUUUUUUUUUUAAAAAGCAGGAGGUGCAACUGGUUCCCAGGCCCCCCAUAAUGGAGAGCCUGAUCAGCGCCGUGACCCCCCGGCCCCCGGCCCUGGCCAAACGCGCGGCGGAGGUGGACUUCCGCUCAGGGGCGGUACUGGAGCAGCUGUCUGCCCAGGUCCUGGAGCUGGUGCAGCUGGAGCAGGCUGAGUUUGGAGACCAGACUGCCUUAGAAGUACACACUGCCAAAGACUUCAUCUUCAACAUGCUGGGUCUGGUACAGAAGGUGGACCAGAGGCUUCCAGUGGCCAAUGAGUACCUGCUGCUUUCUGGUGGGGCCAGGGAGGGCGUGCUGGACCUGAACCCGGAAGAUCUGGGCGACUACGCCAAAGGGGCCGACUUCGACAUGGACUUCACCCUGCUGGUGCCGGCACUGAAGCUGCAUGACCGUAACCAGCCCGUCACGCUGGACAUGCGCCAGUCAGGGCCCUGCCACUCCUGGCUGAGCUUACGCCUCUGUGAUCCCGUCACCCUGGCCCGCUGGCGUUUCUGCUGCCAGGAAGAGCAUGAAGCAGGGCUAGAGGAGGAUGGGGCGGAGCCCGAGGCCCAUGCCGAGCCUGGCUGUGCCGCCAUUCCCUCCCUUCAGUCCCCCCAGGUCCUGGACGGCUGUUACUUCUCCCCGACGCUCGUAGCCGACUGGUUCUGGGAUGUGGUGGGGACGGCCGUGGAAGAGCUGCGCAAGAACCCCCAACGUGGGACUCCUGUUCCGGAGAGGGUGGAGCGCAACGGGCCCCUGACCACACUGGUCCUCACGGCUGGCACCAGCCGGGUCCUUUAUGAUCUGCUGCCCGUGGUGUCGUUCCGCGGCUGGCCGGCUGUGGCCCAAGGUUGGCUGACGGCCAACCACUUCUGGGACGGCAAGAUAACCGAGGAGGAAGCCAUCAGUGGCUUCUACCUGCUGCCCUGCUGCUCGCCCGCCGGAGGACGUCCCGACCGCGAGUGGAGGCUAGCCUUCUCGAGGAGCGAAGUCCAGCUAAAGAAGUGCAUCCCUAGUCCUAUGGCUCAGGCUUUCCAGGCGGCCAAGGCGCUCAUAUCCCGCCUGCUCUCCCGGCCCCGUUCCGGGCUCAGCCCCUACCAUCUGCGUACCCUGCUGUUUUGGGCAUGCGACCGCUUGCCCCCAGCCUACCUGAGCUCCCAGGAUCCGGAGAUUCCCGCUCGCCUCCUCCUGGGUCUCUUGGACGACCUGGCGCACUGCAUCCUGGGAAAGAGCUGCCCUAACUACUUCUUGCCUCAGUACAACAUGCUGGAUCACCUGACUGACAGCGCUGCCCUGCUAUUGGCUCGCAAGCUGGCCCACCUGCGCUCCGAUCCCGCCGAGCACCUCCGUGCUGCCCUCGAUCAGGCCCGGCAAGUCUCCCAGCUCAAAAGGGAAGCGGCGGGCAGCAACGGGCACCCGCUCUCCCCUAGGCAUGGCUCGGGUACCAGCCACGCCCCACAGGAUGACCGGUUGGCUCAGCGGCUACAGCAGCUGGUCACAGAGAAUCCAGGGAAGUCCAUCUCAGUCUUCCUCAACCCCGAUGACGUCACACGACCUCACUUCCGCAUUGAUGACAAGUUCUACUGAUGCCCCCACCCAACACCUUUGGUGUCUCCUUGAUGAUUUUCUGAGCCGUUGCUAGAUAGGUGUUAAUGAUCUAAUGAUGUAUAUGAGAACUUUGAGAAGGCACUAGACAAUCGGGAGGGGCGGGGGGGAAGAUAACCCCUCACCAUAUAACACUACUAUAUCUAUGGUACUGUCAGUCAAGUGAUACCGUCAAUGGAACAAGCUUCUGCUGCUGAAAUUGAGACUAUUGUGUGCUGAGAUGCGCCUCCUGGUGCCCCAAAGAAGAAUUACAAGUAGAAAAGCUGAAACCAAAACGGGGCUGCGCAGCUUUCAACUCCCACGAGUUCAAGUCAAGUCUGUCAAGUCCCACGAGAGGCCUGCAGAGACCCCGCAUGGCUGGAGGCUCUCGCACUGCCGUCUCGGGGGAUGAGAAAUGGCACGAUUUAAUGAAAGAGCUUAUUCUUAGCUUUGAAAGAAAGGGGGUAUUCCAAAGGCCUGCACUGCGAAAUAUCUGGACUUCUGGGUAAUUUAUCCUGGCUAAUUCCUAAGAGAACGUGAGAAUGAAGGUACUACCGUUUGUAAUUGAAUGUAAUCGCAAGAGGAAGCCCUGCAUCUCUCGCUUUCAGUCUCUCUCUCUCUCAGGGUGCCGUAUGCAUUCCAGCUUUUCUUUCUUCCUGCUUAGAGCGGGUCAAAGUCAGGACAGGUCCGUUGUCACAGUUUUCACUUGGAGGCGAUGUCAUGGUGCUGAUCAGCCUGCUGGGGCAGGUUGCUGCGUACGGGGGCCUUUGGUGUCUGUAACACUACAAGCUGCCUGCUCGUCCUUCCCCUCCACGGUCUCGGUCAUGAUCGUACGCAUUCCUUAUCUCUAAGGGAGCGUCGCCUGCCAUCAAGUCUUCUAUAAGGGCUCCGCUUCCAGUGUUCACUUUACACUAUGAGUAUUUUUUAAAGGGGAUUUAAUAUUGCUUCGUUUUCUAAUUUCCAGUCAGCUUUCAAAGCUUUGUUGUCCUUUGAGCUUUUCUGCUAGCUGCAUGGUGGGCUCGCGUUUGGGAGAAAGGACAGUCUCUCCAUCGCGCCGCCUUCAGCGGGUUCUCCAUCCGCACUGCAUUGCAGGAGAACGAGAAGGACAGAGACCGGACAGUGUCACCCCCUUUGUUAGGGGAUUAGAUGCGGGGUGGUAACUGGGGGCAGGGGGGGGGGUUCCUAUGCCUUUGUCCCCCCCCACCAGGUUCCCCGCAGUGCUCACAGAAUGCCACCUCGCUGCCUGUGAACCUUCUGAAUGCUGCGGCUACUUCUGAGGGGCGCUACUUCAUCCUUUUGCUGGAAGUUUGCAACGUUAGCGUCGCAUGUUUUUGCCAAACAGGCAUUGCGGCAGUACACUAAGUACUAGGGCCUACUGAGGGUGCUUCUAGGCUGCCUGGAUUAGCGAUGGUCUCUUAGCGGAUGCCAAGCGUAGAGGGUUGGAGACCAGCCCUCAAUGGACUGUCUGAACUGAAGCCUUCGCCUGCUCUGUGUUGAAGGAGCUGGGACUGAUCACACCCAAGGUGAUUUUUCACUUGUAAAAUCUUUUGAAAAAGCAUUAAUAUUCUCACAGUCAUCUAUAAAUAUUAUGGUACAUAAAAAAACAUAACAUCAGCCUCAACUGCAUGCAGUCCAUUUGCUUUAGAGAAGUAUACAGCAUUCUGGUGUGAAACAUGUUGACGUUUUGCUUGGCAUUAAGCCCCGCCUCUUCCUCUUCCCAUCUCCUGUGGCAUUUCACAGAUGAGCACGGAACUGGUGUUCUCGUGGCUGUCGCUGUUGUUAUGGUUUCAGGGCAAGGUUUUGAGAACGAAGUGUGUUUCGAUUGGUAGAAGGUGGAGGUGCCAGUUAAAUCAGUUUAUAUUUACAGGAAAUCAUUAGAAUAGAAUGUAUAUUGAGAAAUGAAUGUAACUGAAUUUGCCUCUAAUAGUGCUUGAACAGGAGUCAGGUUAAUUUGAGGGCAACAUUGUAACUGAGAAACCCUUUGCAGUUGAUCUCGUUGAGAACUGGGGGUCUUUUGGCUUACUUUUCCUUUGUCGCUUAAUGAUUUGGUCGUCUUGAUUGUUUCUGCAAAGCAUAAACUACACCAGGCUUGUUCUUUUGCCUAAUUUCUUUUCCAGAUUGUGUUGAAUGCUUGACUGACAUCACUGCGGCAUGAAAUAAACUUCUAAUUCACAAG